UUCUUCCCGUGACGAGCGACGAGCCAGCCACCGAAGAGGAAGCAGAGACUUUCCCCACCUGCAAUCGCUUCUUCGUGCCAUCGGAAAAUCGAUCUCUCAACGAUCCUGCGCUUUAUUUUUGGUUCGGGGAGAGCACGUCUGUUGUCGCCGGAGAGACACGCCAAGCAAAAGGGUGCCAUCCAUUGUUUUGUGAGUUUUGGUGCCACGUCAUCUCGACCCCGAGAGCUUUACAACACGUAGGCGAGGUGGUGGUUUAGAAACAACGCCGCUGUCACCGCCGUCAAGACAAGUCGGCACAGGUGCUUUCAGGUCGGGACAGCGUGGAGAGAGGGAGGAAGGAAGCAAAGCCGCGAGACACUUCACAUGGCUUCCACACAGGUUUCGGAAAUGCCUAUUGAGGCAUCGAGGCAUGACAAACUGAGCCCUUCUUCCUUCAACAAGCGAGCUCGCGUAUCCCCCGCGGAGCGCGUCAGCUUCUGCUCGAGUUACAAUGGCGGUGACACCGCCACCUUGCCCACCGAGCCGGAAACGCCAACGUCGAACGGGCGGCACACCGCCACCGCCGCUGGACGAACGAGGUCUUCCGAAGACACUAGCUUCAGUAGCGGCGGCGGCGGCGGCUACCCCCGCGCCGCGUCCCCGACCCCGUCGUACGCCUCCUCCUCGACGACCUUCUCGGCGGCGACGACUUCCGCGACGGCGCUGUCCUCACGCGCCUCGCUGUCCUCCUGCCGGUCGUCGUCCACGUGCCCCUUCUCUUCCUCUUCCUCUUCCUCUUCGUACCGAGGGAAGAGCAGACACGACAGAGGAAGUGGCAGCAGCGGCCGCAGAUCCUCAUAUGCUUCCUCACGCCCUUCGUCGAUGGCCGCGGGAGCCGACGGCGGCGGCGGUGUGGACUACUUUCCUCAGCCGUCUGCUUCGUGGAGCGGCGGACGCCGCAGCGGCAGUAGCAGCAGCGCCGUUUGCGGUGGCGAUGGUGCAAGCUGGCGGAGAAGAGACAGCAGUGGCCGCAGGGACCGCUGCAGCAGCAGAGGGAGGCAAUUCUUCUGCCCCCUGCCCACCCGACGUUCCUCCACUGGCAAGGACUACGCCAGCGAGGCGAGCAGCAGCACCAGGAAGAGAAACAGGAGCUGCAGCAGGGAGAGGAGCAGCAGGGGCGACAGCCGGGGCAGGAGCAGCAAGAAGGCGGCGACCACCGCCGAAAGUCGCUCCGGGGUGGAAUGCGCACGUUGCCUGGAGUGGUGCCGCUCGAGCCGCACGCCCAAGACGCCCAUCCCUCGCACCUUGCCGAUGGAAUACUGGGUUCGCACCCCGAAUUGCAAGGCUGCGAAGUCGAAGCACAUCGACUUCAUCGACGAUGUGGCCUACUCCCGGGAACAGUUCAUCGAAGAGACGGUGUUCACGUGUCCCUUCACGGGGGCGCGGCGGGACAUCGUCCUGGAGCGGAACAUGUUCCCCUACGACGUGCCGACAGACGUGGAGCACUGGACGCUGUGGAGCCGAAGGGACCUCCCGAAGGACGAGAUGGAGGCCUUCGUACAGGGGUGGGCUGCGGAGAACCACCCCCACGCUGUGGAGUGGGAGUGCGACAACAACGAGGGCGAGCGGUCCAUCGACUGGUUCCACGUGCACGUCUUCUUCCGGCUGGGGUGCGAGGACAGGACCGGAGUCCCGCGGGAUCCGGCGUCCGUGUACGACGGCCCCUGCGGCAGUGCGGUCGCGGGCGGGCAGGAGGAGGAUGAGGAUGAGGACGGGGCCGUUGUGGUUGGCGGCGGGGCUGAUGAAGAAACCAGCAACGACAGGGAUGACCGAUCGUGCGCCCUUGUUGCAACCGACUGCUAGUGACUUUUUUUUCGUCAUGGCCGUUUAUUCCGGGAAGUCGAUCGAAGCACAAGAAAAACUUUUUCUUGUGAAAAUUGCGAAAGAGGGAAGGAGUGUAUUCCAUCUGCGGCGGGUAAAACACGUUCCGAUUUUUGUUUCUUCUCUGUUUCUGGGUUUCGACAAACGUUUUGAGGAGGCGUUUCAAGAGGCAAGCGUGGACUGGCCAGGCCGUGUUCGCGCAUCCGUGGGUAGUGUCUGUGCGGUGGGAUUCCAGUGUGUCGGACAUGACAGUGUCUUAACAUUUGAGGGUUGGUGUGAGAGGUGGGUAAGAUUAUUGAUGAGCAUGACUGCUGUUUGUCUGCUCUGUUCGUUUUCUUGAUGUUGUGUGGCUGUGUUGAUGAUAUAACCGGCCAGCUGACGUGUGUUGUUUGGUGGUGUGCAAUCGAACAAUUGUAGUAGGUGUUCGAAAAGGAACACGACAUGCUGGCUGCAUUUUACGUGCCGUCGUGGCGCUGUCGAAUGUUCCUUUCUUUGUGUGUGAUGCCUAUGUACGAAAUAUGGUCAAGAGGGGGGGGCGGGGGGGGGCGGAGCAUCUGAGUAUUCACCGCAGACGUAGAAUCAGGCAGCUCACUUUGCCAUGGCAUCAUGGCGGUUGGCCGGUAAUGUCAUAACAUUCGCAACAAAUGCACGCUGUCACCUAGCGCAAAAUUAAAUAACAUUGUUUUACUACAGGGGGACGCUGGAGUGUGCCAUCCAGAGGACGAGGGAUUCGUUUCGUUGCUCCUUAGUCCUCUCUCUUGUGUGGUUCCCUU